UAGGACUAGCAGUAAGCACGGGAGCCGUCCGUGCUCCGAACUGUAAAGCAGAUCGACUCGGAAAACGUGAGAAUCAAUAAAUCAAAUCCACAAGCGGGGGCGGUUCAGACAGGCUGAGGCGCGCAACAACAUGGGAUACGAUCCACCUUUGUCUUUGUAUAAAAAGUAGAGCGCGACUGCAGCUCUGACAUCUUUGCAAUGCUUGUUCGACAGCAGACGGCUGGGAAAAGCAUCUGUGAUAGCCUUCCAGAGCGAUAUGGGAUUGCGGCGCGACAUUCCUCUGAAAUAGCAACGCCAAUACUAGUACUUUACUGAAGAACAAAUGGCUGAUACAGUGCUAUCCGUUAUGACAUCUACAAGUGCCUCACCCAGCGAGUGCUUACCAGCAGUGCUGUCAUCGGCCAUGGCAAUACCUACUAGUACCUACCUACCUUUAUUGAGGAAUAAGCACUCUAUACCAUUCAUGGGGCUUUGCGGCAGUUUGACUGCCUACAAUGCGGUACUAGCCUGCAUCUACACUGAGCUCUUCUGUGCUUGCUGGAAGAAACACGCAGUCAGUCAGGUACCGCCUAUUGCUGCGCCUUGAAAAGACCUCACGAUGCAAUUAUCACGGAUAUUUCCACUGCAUCAGAUAGUGCAUAUAUAUAGGUACUUAUUCGAGCAGCGGU